AUGACCUUGUCAGUGAAACUUAAAAAUCUGAGCGCUCCUGGCUGCUUACCGUGUGCUUGGUUGACUUCGUUAGGGCUCGAGCGUGGGGAGGGACAGCCACCAGCUGAUGUGGCCACCACUGCCGGCACGUCCGAUGCAGCGGAGCAGCAGCGACCUGAAGAUAACGAUGCCGACGAACAGGAGGGCAAAGCCGCGGACGAUGGUUACCCGCAGAUGACGGAAAAACAGAAGAAGCUGUUCGAGUUGCGGCUUAAGAUGAAGUGGCUGAACGACAGGAAGAAGAAGAUCGGGAAGCUGCUGGACUCAAAUGGCCUUGAUAUGUCCAAGGCGCACAUGCUCGAUCGCAGGGGAGACGGCAGAGGCCAGAGUACAAGAAAUGGGAGAAGGUACCUGCUCCAUAUGGGUGGGAUGGUGUCCAAUGUGCUAGAAGAAAACAUUGACAAAAUGGUCAAGGAACUCAAGGGAGCGGGAAGAAGCGGAAAUCAUUCAGCAGGGCGCAAGUUCAACGAAGACAAGGAUAUUGACUCGAUCAACGACGGAAUGAGCACUUCAACAAGAAGAUUGAAGCGCCUUUGGCAAGUACACGCCGAGAUCAAGAACAACCUCGAAGAGCUCCCUCACUUUGCAUUUCCGUUCUGCAUUAGGCCAGCUCGCCCACCAGCAUGCGCGGUAGAAGCAGACCUUGACGACGACCUGCUCCAGUUUCGGCCUGCUGAUCUUCUUCUUCCUGGUCAGGCAAUGUCCAAGACUGAGAGCAGAAAGCUGUCCGAUGACUAUGAAGUUGUGGAUGUCCUUGGCCGGCGGGUUCUCGAUAGUGAGGAGGGAGUGAGCAAAUCGGAGGGGAAGACCCAGGUCGCCAUAAAGACCUUGCGAAGGCUUGGCCCGGCCAUGAACGGGAUUCAGCAAGGGUCAAAGGUGGCCUUCCGAUGUGGAAGCAGAUGCCCGCCAUUUCAUGCACCAACUAAUCGAGAAAAGCAGCAAAGGAUACUGCAAGGAGAAUUCAGUUUCCAGGACCAUGCAUGGAAAACAAUAUCUUCAUCAGCCAAAGAAUUGAUUUCCAGGCUUCUUUCUGUUGAGCCUUACAAGAGGCCAACAGCAAGUGAUGUCUGUCCCAUGCUGCUUCUUUUUUUCUUCCAUCCAUAUUGCCAUAUUGGCCAAUCCGAAUUACAUAUAACUGUGCUUAUUAAAGUCGUGGACCUUGUCUUGCAUCAUUUGGACCAGCUUCUGGGGCAUCCUUGGGUGAUUGGAGACUGGGCAAAGCAAGACCUCAUGGACGCAGAGGUCAUAUCAAAGCUGAAGAGGUUCAAUGCUAGAAGGAAGCUGCGGGCAGCGGCAAUCGCAAGCGUCCUCAGCAGCAAGCAUUCUUAUUUAGCAGUAAGAUGGGUUGGCGUAAGACUAUGCGCGGACGGCGAGAACGCGACGCUGGCGGAGUUCGAGCAGGUGCUGAAGGCGAUGAAGCUGGAGUCGCUGGUCCCUCUGGCGCCGCGCGUGUUCGACCUGUUCGACAACAACCGCGACGGCACGGUGGACAUGAGGGAGAUCCUCUGCGGGCUCUCCAGCCUCCGCAACUCCCGCGGCGACGACGCGCUCCGGCUCUGCUUCCAGAUGUACGACGCCGAUCGGUCGGGGUGCAUCAGCAAGGACGAGCUGGCGUCGAUGCUGCGAGCGCUGCCCGAGGAGUGCCUGCCGGGCGACAUCACGGAGCCCGGGAAGCUGGACGAGGUGUUCGACGAGAUGGACGCCAACGGCGACGGCAAGGUGAGCUUCGACGAGUUCAAGGCGGCCAUGCAGAAGGACAGCGCCCUCCAGGACGUCGUCCUCUCGUCCCUCCGGACUCCGGCGCCGGGGCAGUAG